GUUGUAUGUUUGUUUGCAGCAAUUGAAGCAGAGAAAGGCCAGCAGCAGUUGAUCGCUGGGAUUGAGAACUUUGACACAACAAAGCUGAAACAUACGGAAACAAUUGAAGCAGAGAAAGGCCAGCAGCAGUUGAUCGCUGGGAUUGAGAACUUUGACACAACAAAGCUGAAACAUACAGAAACCUUAGAAAAGAACCCACUUCCUACUAAAGAAGGUACAAACAAUGGAAUAUUAUUUUACUAG